GGGGAAGACCUAAACAGACUUGGAUUAGAGGAAUCAGAAUUGAUAUGCGUCUUCGUAGAUUGGAUGAGAGCAUGGUUUUGGAGAGGGCAAAGUGUAGGGCGCGGCGCACAUUCGUGUGGACGAUUGAUUUUUUUUCUUUUCCUCUCUCGUUUUCUUUUCUUUUAUUGCUUAUCUUCUUUGUCUUUUUAUGUUCUUAUGUUAUUUUUAUGUUCUCCCUUUUUAUGUUCUUUUAUCUUUCUUAUAUUCUUAUAUUUAUCUAUCUUUAUAAUAUUUCAUUUUAUCUUUUUAUUUCCUCUUGUUUGCCUUCUUUUUAUGACUUCGAUAUAAUAGAUCGAUUUAUAUUAGCCGACAAUAACAUAUUUAUCUAUCUUUAUAAUAUUCGUUUUAUGUUUUUAUUUCCUCUUGUUUGCCUAUUGCUUUAUGCCUAUUGCCUUCUAUAUAAUGGAUAGAUUUAUGACUUGGAUAUAAUGGAUCUAUUAAUGCUUAAUGUUGUUGUGGUUUGUACUCUACUCAUUACUCAUUACUGUUCAAAACUCUGGUAGCAUUUUCAUCACUACCCAAAACCCAUGCAGAUGGAGGAAGAUCCGGAAAUUUGCAGAGACGGCUGUUCGGAGCUUCCGAAGCAUUCCCGUAAAAUAGGAAAAUCGCCAGUGAAGCAGACUGUUCCGGCUAAGAAGGGUCCAAGUAGCAAGGGAAGUGAGGAAAAAUCGGUUCCUGAGGAGGGAAGCAUUGAAAAAAUCGCAGCUUCAGCUGAAGAGAAAAAACCCGACCAUUGUUCCCGGAAAACUAGGAAAUUGACUGACAUUGUUGAAGGUAAUGGGGUUUCAGUCAAUAAGAAGAAAAAGUCUGUAGGGAGCAGUGGACAUGGCCAGAAAAGAAACACGGCAGGUGACGGAGAAGACAAGGCAAACGAGAGUCUGAAGGAAGCUGGUAAAAAGGGGAGAGUGAAAAAGAAUAGGAAGAAGAAGGGGUUUGACAACCGGUCGGAAGAUGAAGAAAGAGGUCGGCCUAAGAGUGGAAAUGAGGCAAAUAAGAAGAAUGACAACAAUGGGAAGGGAGUUGAAUCAAACAUGUGCCACCAAUGUCAGAGGAAUGAUAAAGGACGGGUUGUUCGCUGCACCUCCUGCAAAGCGAGGAGAUAUUGUGUGCCUUGUAUCAAAAGAUGGUACCCUCGUAUUCCAGAGGAGGCUUUUGUGGGAAAGUGCCCUGCUUGUCUCCACAUUUGCAAUUGCUCAUCAUGCCUUCGACUAGAUAGGCCCCUGAGGAUCAAUCAAAAUAUUGAAGUCAGCAAUGAGGAGAAGGUUCAGUACUCGAAAUACAUCUUACUAGUGCUUCUACCUAUCUUGAGACGAAUAAAUGAAGAACAAAUGGUGGAGAAGGACAUUGAAGCAAAGAUUCAAGGAGUAUCACUUUCAGAGUUAGUAAUAGAGAAAGCAAACUGCCAUCGGGAGGAUCGGUUGUAUUGUGACUGCUGCGAAACAUCUAUUACUGAUUUUCAUAGAAGCUGUUCAAACUGUUCCUAUGACCUUUGCCUUACUUGUUGCCAAGAGCUCAGGAAUGGUCAUCUGCAGGGAAAUUUAGGAGAAUUUAUCAUGCAAUAUAUUGACCAUGAUCUGGAUUGCUUGCAUGGAAUUGAGCCAAACUCUGCUAAAGUGAAAUCAAGAGAAAAUGCCAACAGGCACUAUCCACCAAAGAUGCUUGAUGGCCACUGUCAUGAAUGGGAAUCUGAAGAAAAUGGCAGAAUUUUUUGUCCACCCGAGUUUAUGCGUGGUUGUAGUAAGGGAACUUUAGAACUUAAACAUAUCUUGGGGGUCAGUUAUGUCACUAGGUUAUUAGAAAAAGCAGAAGAAACAGCUAUGUCAUGCAAUUUGAAUGAUAUGCUUGAAAGUUCUCAGAGGUGGUGCUCUUGUUCAAAAUCAGUAGAUGAAAAGAUCAUUGAUAACACUAAAAUACGAAAAGCAGCUUGUAGGGAGGAUUCUGAAGACAAUUAUUUGUAUUCUCCUGUUGCUAAGGACAUUCAACAUGAGGAUCUCAAACACUUUCGAUCACAUUGGCUAAAGGGUCAGCCUGUGAUUGUCAAUAAUACGCUAGAAUGUGCUUCAGGGUUAAGUUGGGAGCCUAUGGUAAUGUGGCGUGCUUUUCGCCAGAUAACAAAUCUAGUCCGUUCUCAACAUCGUAAUAUCAUUGCUCUUAACUGCUUAGACUGGAGUGAGGUUGAGACCAAUACCCACCAGUUUUUUGAAUGGUAUAUGAAAGGUAAAACUGAUACAUCCGAAUGGCCUCUGCUUCUCAAGUUGAAAGAAUGGCCUCCAUCAGUUAAACUUGAAACGUGGUUACCUCGUCAUUAUGCUGAGUUUGAAAACUGCCUGCCUUUCAAGGCAUAUACAGAUCCUAAACAUGGCUACUUAAAUCUUGCUGUUAAGUUGCCAUAUGACACCGCAAAACCAGAGAUAGGAGCGAAGACAUAUAUAGCUUAUGGUUUUCCAGUGGAGCUGGGGCGUGGAGACUGUGUAACUAAAUUGCACUGUGAUAUAUGUGAUGUGGUGAAUGUCUUGACACAUACUCAAGGAAUAAACCUAACACCCGAGCAACUUUCAAAUAUUGAAAAAUUGAAGAUGGGUUAUGCAACCCGGGAUAACAAGGAACCGCAGACAGUUCAUACGAAUGAGAGUGAAAGUGGCAUCGUCAAUGGGUGUAUGUUAUCAUCCUCUGAUGCACUUGAAGGCACUGAUGGUGCUCUCUGGGACAUCUUCAGGAGGGAAGAUGUCCCUCAGUUGGAAGAGUAUCUCAAGGAACACUUUAAAGAGUUCACACAUACUAACUGCUCCCCAGUGUCGAUGGGAUUGAACCAUGGACUUUUGUUCAGAAGUUGGGAGAUGCUGUUUUUAUUCCAGCAGGCUGUCCUCAUCAAGUUAGAAACUUGAAGCCAUGUAUAAAAGUCGCUAUGGACUUUGUCUCUCCUGAAAAUGUUCUAGAGUGUGUGCGGUUGACUGAAGAAUUCCGAACUCUUCCCCAGAAUCACAGGUCCAAGGAAGAUAAACUUGAUGUGAAGAAGAUGGUCAUUCAUGCAGUCAAUGAAGCUAUAAAGGAUUUGAAUGACUUGAACCUGUACGUAUAGCGCUCACUUGAAUGCUUUUCAACAGUUCAUAUGUGUUUCUGUGUCUCACACACUCCUGAUUACCUCAUUACAUUGCUUGCUAGCGGAGACAGUUAAUUGAAUAAAUUAUUACAUGCUUUAAUGUUUAGACCAUAUCGACCAUAUGGAUCUUAAAGCAUUGGUCUUCUGUGAGAGUCACUCUCACCUGAGUUGCUUCUACACUACUGUUAGUGAUAACUAUACAUCAAGAAAUCAUAUGUUACCUGACUUGGGCCCUUUUCAUUUGGACUAGUACUUUGUGGUCUGAACUUGUAUGUUAUAGUCUAUAUCAUUUAAGUUUGGACUGGUCUUUUCUAUUUGAUACUAUGUUCAGUGCUUGUUUGGACCGAAAGAAAGUCAAGUGAACAGAUCACUGCUCUCUUGAUUGUGUAUUCAUAUUUUAUGUUGUUGAUGUAGGGCUACCCUACGACUAAGAUGAUUUGCUCAGGAUAUGAAUGGGUAUGGAGUUGUUAAUAUGUGCUUCUGAUAACAAGAACUUGAACAAGGAUGUAAUUAUGGAAUGUGGGUAUUUUUAAGUUCCCACUCAGGCUUUUUUGGCUAAACUUUUGCUUUGUAUGAAAGUAUAUGCUUCAUACCAUUAGCAUCAGCAGUUCGACUUUUUUUUUGAAUAGGUCAGUAGUUUGACUUGAAACACACUAAUUGAAGGGAAGUGAGAAUUAAAGGGACAUUGACAAAUAUUAGGGAAAUCGCACUUUCACUUCCUCGUUCAUUGACAACAUUGAAAUGUAG